AUGGUCGUUAAGCAGGUUGAGAGGUUCGGUGGAUUACCACAGCUGGUUUUAGGAGGAGCAACUUUAAAUACUCAAUACAAUGAUAAUCCAUACUCGAUUCCCGUUGUUGAUAUGCUAAAGUUCGCCUUCGCUAAUGGAAUCAACGCUAUUGAUACAUCACCAUACUAUGGUCCCAGUGAGAUAAUAUAUGGUGAAGCGUUGGAAUCUAUUCAGGAACAAUGGCCAAGGAACUCGUACCAAAUAUGCACCAAAGUUGGUAGAAUUCAACUUGAUGACUUUGAUUACUCGAAGGAGCAUGUGAGAAGCAGUGUUUUGAGAUCAUGUGAAAGGUUGAAGACAAAUUACUUGGAUGUGUUAUAUCUACAUGACAUUGAGUUUGUCGAAGAGGAUAUGAUCUUGGAGGCUCUCACUGAAAUGAGAAAGUUGAAAGAUGAAGGAAUCGUCUUGAGAAUUGGUAUCAGUGGGUACCCUGUCGAUUUCUUAUAUCAAAUUGCUAAGAAAUGUAAGGAUAUCAAACGCAUUGGUUCAUUGGACAACAUUUUAUCGUAUUGUAACCUCAACUUACAAAAUCUUAUACUAGAGCAGUAUUACGAUAAAUUCAUCGAAGAAUGUCAAGUGAAAACCGUUGCCAACGGAUCCAUCCUUUCAAUGUCUCUAUUGACCAGUGGUGAAACUAAGUCUUUCCAUCCAUGCUCACAGGAACUACGUCAUAGGAGUAGUGAGGCCGCCAAGUACCUGUUGAAAGAGGGCGUUGAAAUUGCUGACCUGGCAACAAAGUAUGCCAUCUUCCAAUGGUUGAACCGCGGACCUACAGUUCUGGGAUGCAGUAACGUCGUUGAAGUAGAACAUGCCUUAAGAAAUUAUAAAGAGGUUAUAGAUAAUGAUGGGUUAACUACAGAAGAGAAUCAAUUAGUGACACAUGUCCAAGAAAGCAUUUUCAAAGAAUUGAUGAAUUCGACAUGGGAAUCCGGUAUUCGUGGUCGUUAA